CCGUCCAAUGCCCUUGCUAGGAAGGACAAUUUGAUAAAUAUCAAGUGUAAAAAUUGUUCCUGUUAGUGAGAAAGAAAAUGAAACGGAAACGGGUGAAAUUUUGUGCAACAAAGGACAUUCGAACCCAACCCGCUUAAUAUACUGUUCGUCUAGAAACCGACCCGCUUACCAUGUUCUAUUUUAGGCCUUUUCAGAAAAUCUGUCGUAGUCCACACUUCAUGGCCCAUGGGUGUUGGCUUUUGACUCUCACACAGUCGCACAUCCUACGUUGCUCUCCCGCCAAAGACAAUGAGAGAUGUUAAAAUCUACUGUUACUCCAAAUCUCUACCGUUUAUCAUAUCUGUCGAACGUUGGCCAUUGGAACUCCAGCAUAGGAGAAGCUGUAAACCAAGGUCAAAGCCAGAAAGCCCUUGCUCUCUUCCGCCAAAUGAAGCAAAAUGGUCUAGAACCCAACAAUUUAACCUUUCCCUUUAUAGCAAAGGCAUGUGGGAAGCUGUCGAAACCCUCGUACUCCCAAAUCAUUCACGCCCAUGUAGCAAAAUCGCCAUUUCAGUCUGAUAUAUAUGUACAAACAGCAUUGGUGGAUAUGUAUGUCAAAUGCAACCACUUGAAUCGUGCAUAUGAUCUGUUUGUGAAAAUGCUCCAGAGGGAUGUUACUUCUUGGAAUGCCAUGAUCCUGGGGUUUGCUCAGUCGGGUCAUCUUGAUAGAGUGUUGAUUCUUUUUAAUGAGAUGAGACUAGAUGGGAUUCGGCCUGACUCUGUCACGGUUAUGGGAUUGACACAGUUGAGUUCCAGUACAAAGAAUCUCAAAUUGGUAACAGCCCUUCAUUCUUUUGGAAUCCGAAUUGGGUUAGAAACUGAGGUUUCUGUUGCUAACACUUGGAUUGCUGCAUAUUCAAAAUGUGGUGACUUGCGCGUGGCAGAGUUGCUAUUUGAUGGGAUUGGUGCUGGUUUUAGGACUGUGGUUUCAUUCAAUUCUCUGAUUGCGGGUUAUUCCCACCUUAAAAAAUCAUUUAAGGCUAUUAGCUUCUACAAAAGGAUGCUUUUUGAUGGAUUUCACCCAGAUACAAGCACCAUUGUGAGCUUGCUUUCAUCAUGUGUGCAACCCGAAGCACUAUAUCAUGGUAAGUUGAUCCAUUCUCAUGCGAUCCAACUGGGUUGUGAUUUUGAUGUUUCUGUACUUAAUACCCUGAUUUCUAUGUAUUCCAAGUCUGGAGAUAUUAGUUCUGCGAGAUAUGUAUUUGAUAGCAUAAUAAACAAAACUUGUGUUUCGUGGACUGCCAUGAUUGGUGGGUAUGCUGAGAAAGGUGAUUUGGAUGAGGCAUUGGUGUUGUUUUACUCUAUGGAAGCAUCUGGCGAGAAACCUGAUUUGGUUACUAUGCUCUACUUGAUCUCGGGUUGUGGCCAAAUGGGAGCACUUGAGAUUGGGAGAUGGGUUGACCUUUACACAACUACAAAUGGGUUGAAGAAUAUAAUGGUGUGCAAUGCAUUGAUAGAUAUGUAUGCGAAGUGUGGAAGUAUAAGAGAUGCCCAGGAACUCUUUCGUACCAUGCAUGAGAGAACCAUUGUCUCGUGGACAACUAUGAUUGCAGGGUGUGCUCUAAAUGGAGAAUUCAAAGAAGCUUUGGACCUUUUCUUUCAUAUGUUGGAAUUCGGACUGAAACCAAACCACAUAACAUUCCUUGCCGUUCUUCAGGCUUGUAGUCAUGCAGGUUUCCUUGAGAAAGGAUGGGAGUGCUUUGAUUUAAUGACUAAAGUAUAUAGAAUAAAUCCAGGGCUAGACCACUAUUCCUGUAUGGCUGAUCUUCUUGGACGUAGAGGAAAGCUAAAAGAAGCAUUGGAAUUCAUUCAAAAUAUGCCUGUCAAACCUGAUGCUGGCGUAUGGGGUACAUUGCUUAGUGCUUGCAAGAAUCACCGAAAUGUAGAGAUUGGUGAGUAUGCAGCUCAUCGUCUUUUUGAAGAGGAGCCUCAAGCAGCAGCUCCAUAUGUAGAAAUGGCCAAUAUAUAUGCAUCGACAAGAAGGUGGGAUGGAGUUGCAGCAAUUAGAAAAAUGAUGAAGUGCAAUCAAGUGACAAAAUCUCCUGGGCAAAGUCAUCUUCUAGUGAAUGGGAAGAGUCAUGCAUUUACUGUUCAAGAUAGAUGUCAUCCCGAAGGCUCACUGAUAUAUGAGGCAUUAGACUGCUUAGUUUUGCAUUUGAAAGAGGAAGGAUAUUCAUCACAUUCAGAGGAACCUUCUGACCUUGAACAGAUAUGAAAACUACUCAAUCACUCUUGAUGGCAGGACGGAAGGAUUCUUAGCGCGCAGCAUCUAAAUUUUUUAGUUGUUAAGAAGCUACACAGGAUUUUUAUUUUAUUAUUAUUAUUAUUAUUAUUAUUAUUUUCCCGGGUUUCAAUUCAAGUGACAAGCUUCCCAAAAUGAGGCAAGCAGCACAAAAUAGUGAUCUAUCUUGAUUCUUGAGAGGUUGCAAUGUGCUCUUUUGAAAUUCUUAACUUGAUGUCUAAAUUUUGAUGCUGAUGGAUCAAGUUAUCAUUUACUGCUAUCAUUGUUAGAUGGAGAUCGAACAUCGGUUGACGUACACUGCAUCUUGAGUUUUGUAAUUCAGUUUUUCUUUUAGGGUGGUGAUGGUUUGGACUCUCCGAACCCUCACAAGCACCUGUGCCCCACCAGUUGUGGUGGUGUCAGUGAAUUUGAAUUCGGACUCUCCAUCAUUUUCCUUUGUUUUAAGAGGGUAAUUAGUAGCAGUCUGAAAGGCAAUUCUGCCACCAAUUUAUGUAUUUGCCCUUUAAAUACUUAGAAUUUAAAUACAGGAUAUACUGAGUUGUUUCGGUUAUAUAGAUCGAUAUAUAAAUGUAUUUCAGUAAUUUUUAAAUGAGAUAAAGCGUUAUGUCACACAAGAAUUGUGAAUGAUAUCCCCUAAAAGCUUUUCACUUCUUAUAUUAUUUUUAUUUUUUUUAUUUAUUUUUUUUAAGAGAAGCAACAAUAUGUCAAUAUAUAUCACUAGUAUAGCUUAUUCUCAUUCUGAUUUUGAUUCUCUUGAUCUACACAUUCAUAGAAAAGCUUACUAUUUAUUUAUUUAUUUAUUUCUUUCCUUUCUUUUCUUUUCUCAUCUAACUAGUGUACGAUCAUUUCAUUUUCUUUAUCUCCUAAUUUAUCAAACACUAAUUUUUUUUUAUUUUUAAUAACUUAUGUAAGUUUGAGACUA